GAAGUGUUAAGCUACUUUCGAGAGGACAUAGUUUGAUAUACGUUCGCCUAUUUCCGCUUUAUUUUUCUACACUAUUAUUUAUAUAUCGACUCUUUUUUUGAUGUAUUAUUCUUCAGCUAGUAAUACAUUACUCGUGUGUACUUUAUUGUUGGUGAGCUAGCAUGAGAGUCCGUUUAGCACAAAUGAAUUUCGUUAAUGUGAUGUGAGCUUCGGAAGGAAAAGUCAAGUUUGUUACCUUUCAGGAUGUACACCUUGUUGUCAGGUCUUUACAAGUACAUGUUUCAAAAAGAAGAGUAUUGCGUUUUGAUUCUUGGGCUCGAUAAUGCUGGCAAAACGACAUUUCUGGAGCAAACCAAAACGAAAUUUUGCAAGAACUACAAAGGAAUGAGCCUUUCCAAAAUCACCACCACUGUCGGUUUGAAUAUUGGCACUAUAGAUGUGGGGAAAGCACGCCUGAUGUUUUGGGAUCUUGGAGGACAAGACGAAUUGCAGUCACUGUGGGACAAAUACUAUGCAGAAUCUCAUGGUGUUAUCUAUGUAAUUGACUCCACCGAUGAAGAGCGUCUGGCUGAGUCUAAGGAUGCCUUUGAGAAGAUGAUUAGUAGUGAGGCUCUUGAAGGGGUUCCACUUCUGGUGCUUGCAAAUAAACAAGACGUAGAGAAUUGCUUGUCUGUACCUGACAUUAAGACAGCAUUCAGUGACUGUGCACCCAAAAUUGGUAAACGGGACUGUCUGGUCCAGCCUUGCACUGCUCUGACAGGUCAGGGGGUGAACGAAGGGAUUGAGUGGAUGGUGAAGUGUGUGGUUCGGAACAUUCAUCGUCCACCUCGACAAAAAGACAUUACAUAAACUGUCUCUGUGUGUGUGUGUGUGUGUGUGUGUGUGUGUGUGUGUGU